UCCUUGAGCGGAUACAGCACAGAGGAGAAUCAGGGUGUAACAUUCACAAUGCCAGCUCCAUGUAUAAGCCUGGCAGGGCAGCAGAGAAUCUGGAUGCAGGCUGGCAAGGCAACACUCCCGAGACUCUCCAUCCAUCCAGAGGAAGACAAGAUGAAAGAAUCCAACCUUGAUGUAAAGUCCAAACCGGAGCAGAAGCGCCGGUCCUUUUCUUCCCCAACUCACAUCAGUAACCAGAAAAGAAACGGAAAUGCUGCUGCAGAGUCUCCCGCGCUGAAUGUAGAUGAAAGACUGCGACUGGCUCGAGAAAGAAGAGAGGAGCAUCUCAAACAGCUGGCAUCACGAGAGCAUGGCUGGCUGGCCAGGGAGGAGAGAGCCCGACGGUUCUAUGAGAAACACCUGGAGGAACGUCGGAAAAAGCUGGAGGAGCAAAGGCAGAGGGAGGAGAAAAGGAGGAAUGCUGUGGAGGAGAAACGCAGACAGAGGCUCAGAGAAGAGCGAGAACGGUACGAGUCUGUGGUGCAGAAGACUAUAGAGAGGAGCCAGAAAGCCAAGCAGAGAAGUUCACAGAGGAGAGUGUGCAAUACUAAGAACAACACAAAUGCUAAACGCCGCUCUCUUAGUCAGUGGGAGAUAAACCUGAUUAAUCGCCUUCAGACCCCUACCAUCUCUUAUCUAGCCAGGAGCAGGAGUGCUGUAUGUCUGUCCAGAGGAGAAGUUGUUCAUAUUUGUCGACGUGCAGUUUCAUGCCACACUGUGACCAAUAGCAGCGCUCCGAAACCUGUUGGAACAUCAACACGCAGCAAGAUCAUAAAGCCUGGGAUGAUCAAUGGCAGCCAUCAAACCUCAAAACCGGGCUCAUAUCUUGAGAGACGAGAACAGAAAAAGCCUCAGUCUCACACAGCCUGUGAUAAAGUCACGUCCACAUCAGAGACAGAGAACAAAACAAUAUCCUCACUAACAGGAUUGCGGGAGACUUUGAGAGUGUCCCCCAGUCAGGAGUGUUUGCCCCCUCUGCCUGAAGAGGAAGGUCCGGAGGAGGGGAACACACCUCCCAACAACACACAUCAGCCUCAGCGUGACCAGUCAGCUGCUGUGGGUUUGCGCGAGGAUGUUGGGUGUGAUGGACAGGUUCAGGAGAACCCAGACUCUAAUAGACCUGUGGCAGUUCCUGCAUGCCCUCACACUCCUAAUGAACGAAGUCUCAGACUCCAGAGCAGACCCUCAGCCGGAACCACAGACCCUGAGGAGGCUUCACGUCUGCUGGCAGAGAAGAGACGACAAGCUCGAGUGCAGAGAGAAAGAGAGGAAGAAGAACGCAGGCAGAGGGAGGAAAUGGAGCGAGCCAGGCAUGAGGCAGAGGCUCAGUGUAAGGAGAAAGGGAUGAGGGAGGAGGAAGAACAAAAGAAGGCAGAAGAGGAAAAGGCCCAGAGGCAGAGAGAGGAGGAGAGGAGACUUCAGCAACAGAAAGAAGAAGCCGACGAGAAGCUGAGGCUGGAGAGAGAAACGCGAUUCCAGAGAGAGGAAACCGAGCGGCAGGAGAGGAAGAAGCGGUUAGAAGAAAUUAUGAAAAGAACAAGAGGAACAGAUGCUGAGAAGAAAUCUGUGUUCGCCUCCCCGACGCUGAAUGAGAAUGUAAAACCCAUCCACAGCCUCCCCUUAGAGGAUGUGAUCAAGCUUCCCAGUCCGAGCAAAGGCUCAAUGAUGAGCUUAGCCGAUGAGGAGGACAUACUUCCUACAGUGGCCUUCAAGGAUCGCAGGUCCAUCCGUACCCUCACAGGUCUGGAGGAGAUCCAGGCCCAUCAAAGGGCAGAAGUCAUUUAAAGAUGUGAAGAUCUCCAAGGAGUCUGAAACUCUGUACUUUAUGUAUGAAAACAAGCAGAAUCGCUUCACCUGCACUUUAAGAACCUUUGACACAUUUCGCACCUUUUAAGUGAAACAAAAGUAUUCGACCCCUGCUGCUCUUCUGCUUUUUUUUUUCAUUUAUCUUUGCUGUUUUUUUGGGGUUUUUUUUUGGUAACUCACUAUUUAACUUUAACACAAAUCUGACACAACCACGUCAAACCCAUGUCAUGGCACAGCCAUGUUCACACUCAAUAUGUUACGUCACAUGCUAUUUCUUGGUAAGUGACGUCUAGCGAGCGUGUGCUUGAUAGAUGUUAAUCUAAACAACCUAAUGAUGCUACCGUAGAUGUAGCAGUAACAUGUGGAUUAUUUUCCUGUUUUACACAAAUACAAUUUCAUUUUUGUCCGCUUGCAGUUACAUUAAAACAGGUUAGAUUCUCUUGUCACUUACAUUAUAGCAGCUACUGUACAUACCUUCUUUCCCUCAACAGCCUCUUUGUUUUUUCCUCUUAACGUUCACAAGACAUAAAAAUGCAGCUUGUCAUUUUGGAGAGACACAAGAAAGUAAAACAGGCUGUUAGUAAGUGCUAACACUGGAGACUCCUUCCAUAAAAGGUCAAAUAAACAUCUCCACCAUAUUAGUGAUUAUACAUUUUUCCUAAGUAAUAAUAUAUUUUGUUGUUUAUGUAACACACCUACUGUCGAGUACCUGUGAAAAAAGUUGUUAAUAUAGUAACUGCAAUGUUUUAGGAAAUGCUAGACAAUCAGAAAUGAGUAACUGUUGUAGUUAUGGUAUACAAUAUGUCAUAAAACCCAUGAAAACUUGUAGCAUUAGCCAGCUAAUAUGUCAUUAAACUUUAAAAAGGUCUCACAGUAAACACCUGGUAGUCAAUGAGUAUUAUGUCAGUCAUGACCGGUUUAUAACGUGGUUAUGUCAGCCUUACGUUGCAUGCUUCUCAGAAAGUGUUAGCCACCUAUAUAAAGUGAAGAUGCUUUAGAGGAGAAAUGCUAAGUGUUUCAUGUAUAAACAGUACACACAAAUAUACAGACUCACUGGUUAUUUAUACAAGCAUAUGGCUUCAGCUUCAGGUCCUUAUUUGUGAAGCAGUUAUUUUGUGUAUAUUGGUAAGAACUGAAGAGCAUCAGCUGUGCUUUGUUGUGCAGUAAAACGUCCUGCUGCUGAGACAUGAGCUCUAAGCUCAGCUCCUCCUUUAAUAAACUUUACAGUUAGCCUUGCUGCUAUUCAGCUGUUCCAAAUACGAGUAAGGAACCAUCCUGGGUUCAGUUUCCCAAAAGCGCUGAAGCACAGAGAUCAUUAAGAAAUGGUCAAGUGUAGCGUCACAAUGAACUCUCUCUCGAAUCGAAUCGAAUCGAAUUGAAUGAAUCUGUUUUCUGGUAGAAUAAAAGAUCUUCUGAGCCACGAGACAGAUCUGAGCUAGUGCAAUGACAAAUUAUGCAUAAUUAAAAUGAUAAAUAUGGAGUGUAGAAUUAAUUCAGUGUUUUAUUAAUGUAAAUAAACUUGCUUUAAAAAGAAUAUUGGAUGUGUUGCAAAAUUACUAUGAUCUGAUUUGAUUUGUCUAAUGUAUGAAUUGUGCUGUAUUUGUUAACAUUAUUGUAUAAUAUUAGUCAAAGAAUUAAUUUAAA